UACUCCUAGUAGAAGGUUCUUGUAGGAUCCUGAUCCUGAUCAGAUAUCUGCUAAAAUGUCGUUCUGCAGCUGGUCUGGGAUGAGCUGGACUCGUGGCACAGUCGGCUGAUGCUGCUGGAAAGCGAGGUGCAGGAUCUGGCCGAGGAGCAGCCAGCUCAGGCCCACGUCCUCAUGGACCACCUCACGCAGCCACUGCAGCUCUAUCAGAACGCAUCACAGAUGGCGGAGAACCGCACGUCCUUCCUCAGCAAGAUCCCCGUGUGUAUAAAGGAGUUUGAAGACAUUGUGUACAGCGCCUUCUGCUGGCUGGAUGAGGCACAGGCAUGGCUCAGUGCUCCCUGCUCAUUCACAACAGCCAAAAGUCUCCAGAAUCACGCAAACUCCCUGCAGGUCUGUGAUCACAGCUACAGGAAUAAAAAUAAAAAAUGUAAAUGUAUACUGGUGCAAUUUGAUGAG